CGUUAGUUGACGUCAAGGAUUCUUCGAGAUUGAAACCCAAUUAAUAGAUAUUAGAUAUGUGGUCUUGGCCUAAUCAUUCAAUAGCUAAUAUAAAUCCUAAUUUCCAGACACCUAGUCAUUUCUCUGUCUCCAGCUUCCCUCCCUCCUCCUCCUCCUCUACUCCUCAAUCACAUGCACACUCACCUUCAUCUCAGCCCCAGUCCAUCUCACGUCUACCCUUCCACUCCCCUGGUUACCAGCAACCCGACUAUACCAACCAGUCCUCGCCCUUUAGUUACCAGUCCUCACACGGGGCCUGGCAGGCCGUGCCACCUCACCAUGUUGAUAGCUCUCCUUCCUCUCUCCUCCCUCCCCCUCCUCCCCCUCCUUCGCUACCCAUACCCCCUCCCCCUCCCUCCUCUCUCCACCAUCAGUCACAGACCGAGCAGUUCCUGUCUCAGAAGCAUCAUCACGACCUCCCUCACAAUAACUCCGCCCCACUCCACCUAGCAACUGGGGGAGGCAUGUCCCUAGCGACCGGUGGUAUUCCAAUGGCAGGCGGUGAUGGACGGUAUCACAACUCUGGCAGCAAUAUACCAUUUUCUGUUGAUUUUAUAUUACAGAAAUCAGCCGCAGCUGGACAGGAGAUUACUAGUGGAUAUACAAUGGGAGGCGGAGUUGGAGUAGGUGGGGCCAAUAUUGAACAACAAUACAUUAGUGACACGCCUACCGGGUACGGGCUGGACUAUCAUAUUGAAGAGAAUAAAGGACAUUAUGACACUAGCUCGUUAGGAGUUGGAGUGGGUGGAGCUUAUCACAGAGAGACACGCCCCCAGGAACCAAUCCCCUCUCAGUCUUAUGACAGACCAAGCGAGCAAUAUACCGAGCAGCUUCAAGCUCCGCCUACUUAUCCCAUUGUUAAUAAUGAGUAUAAUAGCUCAAAAUGUGAAGAGAGAUACUCGCCUCCUGGCCUGAUACUAAAGGAAGACGGGGGAACUACAAGGAAAGAGGAGAAUUUGUCCCUCAAUCAGUCAUCAUCGUCUUCAGCCUCGGUCUCUACCUCGGGGAAGAUUAAUUCAGUGACUCCGCCUAGUGAUGGCAUUCGUAAUGAGUCUAUACCCAUUCCUGCGUCUCCGCCCAAAAUGGCCGACUCUCGUAGCUCCAGUAGCAGUGAGAGUAGCAGUGGGGAUACUAGUAAUAAAUUAAUGAGCAAUACCUUUCAGUUAGGGCUGUCUCCUCCACCUUUAUCAUCAACUAAUCAGAAUGUUAUUCCAGGAGCUAUCACUGAUGAUAAUGAUAAUGAAAGUUUUCCAAUGGAUACAGUAAAGACAGGAGCACCUUCCUUACCUCCUGAACAAAAUGGAGAACUAGAAAAUCAACCAAAGAGCCUCUCUCGUCCCCCGCCCCUCGUUCCCGUGGAAACACCCUCCCAGCCAAAGAUGGGUUACUAUGACGAUGAAGAUGACGAUGUUUUUCUUCCUGGCCCGCCCACUCAAAAGAGAUUGCUAAUGUCAGAGAAAUCAGAAAAGAGAGAGAUUAGUAAGACUCCAUCGGGUCACGUACAGUCUGGCGGUCAAACGGAGUCUCCCACUCGUAAUCAGAUUAAAAGACAGCAGCAGCAAGGAUGGGGGAGGGGCAAGGGAGGGAGAGAGAAGGGAGGAGGGGACUCUCCUGGGAUGGUCAUUGGGAGGCGUGGUAGGGCUGCUGGCAGAGUAUUAGACGAAAAUAAGCUAAGGAUCCCACUGGAGAAAGGUUGGCAGAGGGUAGUAAGAGCUAGAGUGGCUGAGGGUAACAAUGCUCCUCGAGUUGAUAUAUGUUACGUGACUCCGUGUAACAGACGCCUUAGAACCUUCCCUGAGAUCCAUCGCUACCUCUCCUCUAACUCUAUCACUGACCUCACCAUCGACCACUUUACUUUCAGUAAAAAGGUCAACGUUGGGAUGAUCAUCGACGAGAAAACGUCCCCCGAGUCUCUCGAUAACUUACUCGUGCACCCCAGACGUGGUCGACCCCCUAAGAGACCGGUACACUCACAGCAGCAACAAGUGAAGGCUCAAGUGGAUACUAUCACUGACUCUGAGGGUUCUUCAAGGAUUAGUCUAGAGCCUCACGAGAUAAUUAAGCCCUCGCCUACUAAAAUUUCGAGUUCUGUUUCCACUGUUACUGUCCCUCCCACACAUUCGUUCCUGUCUCACAUGUCAAAGGAUCAGCACACGAUCACUAGAAUCAUCAACACUGAUUACGCUGAUCCUAAUCAACCUCCGAGAGAUGAAACUGACCACGGGCCAGCCGAUUCACAGAACAAAGACCGCUCCUCCUUAUUGCUACCCCAAGCCACGCCCCCUCUCCUUGCGUCCUCUACUGAAUGGAGACCCCCACCUCUUACCAGCCCUGAGGAGAUUGCGGCCGGUGGCUGGGGUAGUGGCGCUACUAAAGGAGUGUCCACUAUUGGGUCUUCUGGGGUGACUGCCGGUAGCCGAGGUCACGUGAUUACCAAGAGACCGCGAGGACGUCCUAAAGGGAGUGGUUUGGGUGCUAAACCUGGCGGAAGCUUGGGUCAAACAUCAGCUCAUCAUGUGGGUGGUAGAAAGAGGAAAGCUAAAGCGACAGUCCACAUACUACCAUCACUAACACCAGGACCAGUACCACCACUAACAAUGGGAGCUCCUGGGAUCAAUACAGGAGGCGCUGCUACUACUAUCCCUGGGGCUGCUGGAUCAACUAGUAAUAAUAAUACUGGAGGAGGAACGUCUUCUGCUCCAACUUUAUUGAAAGAUCAAAGCAAAGUCUCUGUAUCAAAGAAGCAAGAGGAGAAGGAGAAGAGGAGACAGCUCAUCCAAGCCAAUAAAGCAAGGAAGAGAGCCGAGUCAACUCACCGAGCGACACAGAGGAGAAUGUCACAGCAAUCUCGUCGACAAAGAGAGAGAGCACUAAUAAAACAAGCAAAAGAAAGAGUUGAGAGAUUGAAUAGACAAAAGGAAGCUGAUUGGUAUCAGCUGAGAAAGAGUCGCAUAGCAAAGCAAAGGGAAGAAGCGAACCAGUUGAAAGCAAGAGAGAGAACUCUGAAACUAGUUCAAGAGAUUCAGCAAAGAGAAAUUGAAAACGAUCGACUCAUGAGACUCAGACAACUUGAGAGGGAAAAGGCGGAGCAACUCCGUCGACCAACUGAAGAUCUCCUCGUCAAUGAUCUUAUUGAUCUACCGACUCUUACGAAACUAAAGUGGGUCCAGCUUCCCUCCCACUCGUUUGCUGAUCUCGUUAUGGUAUUCGAGUUCAGUCACUCUUUUGAUGAUUUUCUUGAGAUCGAGAAAGUCCCGAGGUUUUCGGAGCUUUACGCUGGACUGUUUAACGUAACGAUAGAGAAAGAGGAGGAGGAGGAGGGAGAGGAGGAGGAAGGGGGUGGAGCUGAUGAAAGGAAGAAAGUAAAUGGGUUAAUAUUACUGACCAUGCAGCUGGUGAAGGCUGCAGUUCAUGAUGGAGGAUCAAGAACCCAGACUAUAUCAGGUCUGCCGUUGAGAGACGUUGAUGUGAAGGAGGACACAGUCUCUGAAGUUUUGAGACUUUACCUGCAAAACAAGCGAAACCCUUUCCUUAAAAACGUCACUACAAUAUUGUCAGAGUAUCCUUAUCAGUCUCUUUCUGCUGUUGACAAGAUUGCUGUCCUCUCCUAUCUUGUUGAUGAGCUCCUCAGUUCAGUCUCUCUCUGUCGUGAGGUGGACAAUAGGAUGGAGCAGAUUGCCACUCUUAGACGCAACAAAUGGAAGAUAAGCUUAAAACUGAAGAGAUUCAGAUCUCGUCUCACUGACUCGUUUGGUGUGAGUCAGUUUCAGAAGCCGGUCCUUUAUUCAGGGAGAGGGAGGCCCCCUAAGAGAGCACUCCUUAAUGCCAAUGGAGGAAUGAAUGAGGAUGGUGAGAGUAGUGAUGAUGAAGGUGGGGCUAAUGAGCCUGAUGAUACAACUACUGCUGGUGCUGGUGCUGAUGCUUUGGCCCCUCCCGCUGCCCCUCCCACUGAGGAAGUGUUUAAUUCGGACGAGGACAGUGAUGAGGAUAUACCAGCUGAGAAGGAAGACCUUCAGAAAAGAGUGAAAGAAUUGAAGAAAAAACUUAUCUUUGUGCGUGGGCGUAUCAAUACGCUGACUCGGCAGAUGAGAAAGUUUCCCCUAGGACAGGACAGGUACACUCGUCAGUACUGGAACCUUCCUGAGAUGGGCGGGGUCUUGAUUGAGGGACAGGAGACCUCCAACAACGACUACCUUGAUGAGCUCCUUCCUCGUCUUGAAGCAGAAGAGAAAGAGAGAGAGGAGGAGGAAAAGGGAAGGACAUUGGUUCCAGACUCUCCUCCUCAUUCCAGUGUCACAGCUGAGAGCCACGGGACUACCUCCGAUGUACCGCUAAGUUCUCAAUCCUCCCCUCGUCCUGGAGGGGCGUGGCUCACAGACUCGCCUGCUAAGUAUUCUGAUGACACUGACCUUGAUACACUAAACACACCCACUAAAUCAGCCACGCCCAUUAAAGGGUCUACUCCCACUCCUUUUCCAACCAUUCACGAGGAGACUAGUCUAGAUCAGUUUUCAGUUGCUCCAGCCUCGCCUCCAAAAGAGGCGGAGCCUGUUUCUAUUCCGGAGAAGACUCAACAUCCACUGGAGAUAUCAACAAAGCAUAGCCAUGCCCAGGAAGUGGUUGCCAUGGAAACAGACUCUGUACCGGCGGGUUCUGCUUUACCAGAAGGUGUUGAUCAGUCUGUCCCUUUAGCUGUUAGUAACUCGUCACCUUCAAUAGUCACCACUUUCUCUUCACACAAGACCACACCCCCUUCAUCUAAUACUCCCAUUAAGAGUGCCACACCUGGUGCCACGCCUCUAAAAGCAUCAACAUCAUCGGUUAGUCUGAACACUACUCCCUGGUUUUCAUUACUACCACGAAAACCCUGUGAGCUCCUUCACUACAUAAACGGAGGAGCAAUAGGGGAUAUUCAAGGAUCUACUGGCCUGUUAAAUGGAGGAGCAGGACAAAUGGUUGUACCAGGAGGCUAUGCUGCUUAUAUGACACAAGAUGGUACUACAGUGCUAGCAGCAACUGGUCAGCCAAUGAUGCAGCAGGUGCAGGUUGGGUACGCUGUAGUCGGCAAUACCCUUGUUCCUCAGACCCAGUACAUUAUACAGCAAGGAGGGGGAUCAGCAGGUACACAGUAUGUGUCACUACCUAAUGGUCAAAUAGCAGCAGUGGCUACUGGUGGGGAGACUGGUCCUAAUGCUAAUAUACAGUAUACUAAUAUUGGAGGGAAUCAGUACGCUAUUAUACAGCAACCGAGUGUUGAGGAGGGAGUGACGGGUGGUGUGGUCAGUGCUACUGGUAAUGUAGUGGGUGGAGUUAAUGUUGAAUCAUCUGGUGGAGGAACUGAAGGUACUGGAGAUGGGAAUACGCCACAACCAAGGAAGAGGAGGAGGAAGAGGGCCAGAGACACCAUACAACAAACAACUACAGUGGGUGGGGCUACAACUACUGGAGGGGGAGGGGCUACAGCAGAUGAAGGUACAAGUGCAUCAUUAGCAGCUACAGACUCAUCAGAGCAGAAAUACAUCACGCUAGCCCUUCCAACCGGUACAGGCGGUGAAACACAAUACUGUCAAGUACCUGCGGACCCACGAGUACUCUCCGGGCAAUACUCUUACGCAAUAAUGCCCCAGGGAGACGGAACGUCUCAGAUAGUACUAAUAGAGAACUCUACCCUAGGGGUGGGUAUGAGUGGAGGCUCUGAGACGAAGGAAGUGGUUGAGAUGGAGGUCCCACCUGCUACUGUUUUUGAUAACGAAUACGAGGGCCAGCCAUUUAAAGUUGACAUCACUUUAAUGUACGCCGAGGCGCCCCUGCCUUUUAACACAAAGAAAGAGAAUGAAGUUAAGAAAGAGGACGAGAAAGAGAAGGAGAAGCCACUGAAGGAGCUCCUGCAAGAGGUCGAUAAUGAUCUGACUAAUGGUUGGUGGACUAUUAGGUCUCCACUUGAAAUUGAUUACUUGCUGCGAAGUCUCACAAUGAGGGGUUAUCGAGAGAAAGGUCUUCACAAAUUGUUACAAAAGAACAAGGAAAGCAUUUGCUCCACCCUCAAAGCCGGUUUAUUGACGACGCCCCCUUUUGAAAACCGAGAAGAAAAACCCGAACCUCAAACAAAGACUGCUGACUCGUCACCUCCUGAAGUUAUUGUUGUUGACAAGGAGCGAGAAGAAGAUGAGAAAAUGGAAGAGACUUUAAGUAAAAGGACAGAAUCUUCUAAUAGUAUUGAGGAGGUUGAGUCUGAUGAUAACGAGGAGGCAGAGUCACAAAACGAGGUAGUAACAGAAUUGCAAGACGACAAAGAGAGAGUGGAGUCACAAGAUAAUAAUAACAAGGAGGCGGAGCCUAAGAAUGAUGGUGAAAUUGAUAAGGAAAUGGAAUCUGGAAAGGAAGAAAAGAUGGAAGAAGGUUUGGAGGCCUUGUCAGUGUCCCCAACCUCUUUCUAUCCAUUGGAAACUGAGAGAUUAGCUGAACACAUUCUGAAGUACCUCAAGGAUAUGGAGUCGAGACUGUUUGAUGCUCACUUACAAAUAAAAGGGAUCGUUAAAGCUAACUAUCAGAGCCAGUUCCUGACUAGUCCUUCAGAGGAAGGAGGGUCUAAUGUUAGCCUGCCUCUUAUAUUUAACAGACUCUUAAUGCUCGAGUCUUGUGUGCAGAGACGCUACCUUAAACCACCUUUCAAAGAAAAGUCUCAUGGUAGCAAGAAGACAGAGACAGGAGGAGGAGGAAGAGAAGACAAAGAGAGCUCCUCUCCACCUCCUGAGCCAGUGGCACUAACGAAAUGGAAGACAUCAGCAGUUGAAGCUACCUCCUCCUCACAGUUGGCAGUCUGCAUCAAUCAGUUGGAGAGAUGUAUUGCAUGGGAGAAGAGCCCGAUGAAAGUGUUUUGUGUCGUAUGUCAGACUGGUGAUAACGAGUCUCUACUCCUUCUCUGUGAUCGAUGUGAUCGUGGUACCCACACUUACUGCUGUAGGCCCAAACUUGACGCUAUACCUGACGGCGACUGGUUCUGUCACAACUGCACUGUCAAUGCAUCACGCAAGAUUGCCUGUGGUGUGUGUCAAAGUUCCCGUGGGUCGCUCCUCCAUUGCACCCAGUGUCCUAAUGUCUUCCAUAAGCGUUGUCUCAACCCUCCCCUCACAAAACUCCCAAGCCUCCCGUGGGUUUGUAUAGAGUGUCGUAGAGAGCAGAGGAGAAAGCCUGGGCGUCCUCGUGGAGCUAAAGACGAUUUAAUACUCUGCCAGUCGCUUCUGAUGGACCUUGAGGAGCAAGAUGAUGCCUGGCCCUUCCUGGAGCCUGUGAACCGUAAGAAGAUACCCGACUAUUAUCGGGUCAUUAAGAAACCAAUGGACUUCCACACUGUCAAGCAGAAACUAAGAGAGGGAAAGUAUCCAAACAAGGAGUCUCUAGCAUUAGAUGUCAGACUCAUAUUUGAUAACUGUGCAUUCUAUAAUGAAGACAAUUCACAGAUUGGUCUAGCUGGCCACAAUAUGAGACAGUACUUUGAAAAGAGAUGGACUGAAAUGAUGCUAAAUCAAUGAUUCAGUCACUAAAUUUACACGUUGCAUGCACCGAACUUUCAACCUGUACCUAUUUUUCAUUUUCUAAUGCUAUUCAAUUUAUGCAUCACUUUAAUUUCACGUUUCUGUCAAUAUUUUUCUUCUUGAUUUUAUUUUUUUUCCCUUAGUAUUUCUUUCUCUUUCUUCAUUUUAUCUUAUUCAAUUCUCAUCUUUUGUGUUUAAGUGUCAAAAACAUGCACACACACACACACACAUACACCUCCACUGCAUAGUAAUUAUUAAUUUAUUAAUUUAUUCGAUAAUUUUUUGUUUUUGUAUGUAUUUCAGUUACAACAAGUCGUUAUAACAAUAA